AUUCCUGGAUUUGUGGCAGUUCCUCCUCAAAGUGCUGGAUUAUUGUUGUUUUAUUUUAAAUUCACUGCUGGAGUCCUGUAUAUGUGUUUACAGAGGAAAGUCUUUGUAGCUGGUUGCAAUUAAGAAAUGGACAGAAACCCAUCGAUACAAGACUUGAGGAGGGUGUACGACUAUAAUGAAGAGACAGGUUACCCAGAUGACCAGCAGUCACUUCGGUUACGUCGUGUUCCAUCUCGGGUGUCAAAUCAGAAUCAGCCUCAGUUCAACUGGAAUUCGACCCCAGCAGAAGGGGAUGAGGAGGGCGACAGUGGUCUGCCCCAGGACCUCAGAAGCAGCCCUCUGCCCAUGGCAUUGAAGAAAGCUGUACGGCAGGUGCAGCAAAUGCAGAUACCUGUGGUUUCAAAGAAAGAUUCCUGGAAACUGAAAAAAGCCAAAUUUCUGUGUAAACUCAAAGACAAUGCCAGAGAAUUUAUCUACUUAUUUGCCCUCUGGAAUAAGACCCUGCAAAAGAUUGGAGGGAACUUUGGAGGUGGCGUCCAGUCUUAUUUCCUUCUCCUGCGAUUUUUGGUGGUGCUCAAUUUUGUGUCCUUUUCCCUGAUUGCAGCUUUUGUAAUCAUCCCCAGCAUUGUCUUCAGGUCUGUUGGGGACAGCCUUGUAAACACUAAUGGUCAAGAGGAAUGUAUGCAGUAUGACCCUAAUCCUGAAGGCUUGGUGCCGUUCUAUAAUUACUUCCUAGAUGUGCUUUCAGGAACGGGUUUUUUGGAGUACUCUUACCUGUUUUACGGCUACUACAGCAACACAAUGGUGGACAGCAGCUUCUCCUACAACAUCCCUCUGGCCUACCUGUUCACUGCUGUCUUCUACUUCUUCUUCUGUCUCAUAUGUAUCACAAUACGCAUGGGGACUGCAGUGCGAGUUGCUGUGGCAACAGGAGGCAGCGCUGUGGGUAACUACAGCAGGAUAGUGUUCACCAGCUGGGACUACGGUUGCCUGGGAGACAGAGCAACCAAACUGAAGCAGAAGAACAUCCACUACCGGCUACAGGUUGACUUGGAAGAGGAGUCUAGAAAGAGGAAGGCAGCUGCUAUGACUUUAAAUCAAAGAAUACUUUUAUACUCUCUUCGUGUUUUGAUGUUUUUUGUCUCACUUGGCCUCAUUGGAGCAGCCUUCUUUGGCAUCUUUGUGGCCACAAUCUACAGCCAGGAAAACAGUGGACAGGGUGGGAUCCUUGGUUUGAUUUUUGAGUAUCUACCUUCAAUUGUCAUCACCACAGGAAACUUCCUGGUGCCACUACUUUGUGACCAGAUUGCCUUGAUGGAGAGAUAUUCCCCCAGUAAUACUGUCAUUGUGGCACUCUUAAGGGCUGUGUUCCUUCGUUUGGUGAGUCUGGGUAUCCUCCUCUACACCUUGUGGAUUCAGAUCACCUGUGAGGGAGACACAUGUGCUACAGACUGUAAAUUGUGUGGUUACAACCACAAAGUCUACCAGUGCUGGGAAACACGCAUAGGACAGGAGAUGUACAAACUGACCCUGUUUGACCUCCUUAUCAAUAUUGGUGUGCUCGUCCUGGUGGAGUUUCCUCGCAGGAUGGUGAUAGACAACUGGUCCAAUCAGCUGACUCAGUGGGUGGGAAGACAGGAGUUUGUAGUUUCCUACAAUGUUCUUGGGCUGGUGUAUAGUCAGACUGUUGUUUGGACCGGAGCUCUUUUUUGCCCUCUUCUGCCACUCAUCAAUGGCAUCAAGUUUAUCAUCCUCUUCUACUGCAAGAAGAUCACACUUUUCUAUAAUUGUCGGCCAGCUCUGAAGACUUUCCGCUCCACCACCUCCACCUUCUUUUUCCUGGUGGUGCUCCUGUUUGGAGGGGGCCUUGCCACAGUUGUCAUGGUUUACAGUCUUGCUGAGAUUCGACCUUCUUUGGGUUGUGGUCCUUUCCGUUUCUUCCCCAGCAUAUGGUCGAUUGUUCCAGCCUCUUUCUCUGGUCUGUCUGAAACCACAAAGGAGUUUCUCUUCUUCAUUGGUUCACAGGCAUUCCUCAUCCCUCUCUUUGUGCUAUUGGGUGUGGUGAUGGUUUAUUUCAUAGCCCUAGCCUCUGUUCAUGGGAAAAGUGUUGCCCUGCUAAGAACUCAGCUCAAACUGGAGGGCCGUGACAAGCAAUUCUUGGUCAAGCAGAUUGACGAGCUGAGUCGGAAACUUCACAUACCAACUCAAACUACAGGAAUACAAGACUGAAGACAUAACACAAACUGUUUUCUCAUGACCUGUACAAGACAAAUCAGGGUGGGGCAUGGUGUUUCUUAAUUUUCAGGAUGGCCGGGGAUUAGCAGAGAAUCAUGGAUUGAUAUUGUUAAGUAAAACAAUUUGAAGUUCCUAACAAAUUAGAUGAGGAUAAUUUUACUUGUGAAAUGUUAAAGGGAAAUAACUUGUUUUCAUUGAUGAUCUACCAAAUGUGAUCACUUUUGGGCGAAGUUGCAGAAGUCAUGCAUGUAGAGUUUAUUUGUAAAUACGCACAUUUAAGCACUUUCCCCAUGAAAAUAAAACUUGGUUUAUGUUUUCCUUUUACAGUAUUAGAUAGUAAAUUAUAGCCCCCUCUCGUGUCAGAAGUGUGGUAUAAUUUUACUUUUGAAAUGUUAAAGGGAAAUAACUUGUUUUCAUUGAUGAUCUACUACAUGUAAUCACUUUUGGGCAAAGUUGCAAAAGUCAUCCAUGAAGAGUUUUUUUGUUUUGUUUUAUUUUGUUUUUUUUUUUUGUAAAUACGCACAUUUAAGCACUUUCCCCAUGAAAAUAAAGCUUGG